UUUCACCGUGUGUGCCACUAAAACGCGUCCGGCGGAAGUUGUGCUUACGGCCUUGACACAAAAGGAAUGGCGAGCGGUAUCGGCAAGCACAAGAUACUGAAUUCGGGACCGACGGAGCCAUGGUCAGUCAGGGAGAAACUGUGCUUGGCCUCCUCUGUUAUGAGGAGUGGAGACCAAAACUGGGUGUCUGUAAGUCGAGCCAUCAAGCCUUUCUCAGAACCUGGUCGUCCACCUGACUGGUUCUCACAGAAGCAUUGUGCCUCUCAAUACUCCGAGCUGCUGGAGGCCACAGAAGCACCAAAGCGUAAACGUGGUGAGAAGGGUGAGGUGGUUGAGACCAUUGAAGAUGUUAUCGUCCGUAGGCUGACAACUGAGAGAAUAGAGGAACUGAAAAAGCUGCUGCGUGACACACAGGAGCAGUACAGGAAGUUGAAGAAGGAGGUGGACCUGAUACAGACAGGUCACAUGGACUCCCAGCUGAAAGAGCUGUGGGCAGAUAUCACACUAAAGAAGAAGCAAGGUGAAGAGGAAGCAGAACAGAAGAGGAAAGCCACAGAAACGGCAUAUCAAGCUCGUCAGGCAGUGAAAAACACACCCAAGCGCCUACCCAGUGUAACCGUACGCUCUCCUCUGGGUGCCAGCCCACCAACAAUGGAUUCUCAGGCCGACUCCUCUGUCCCCACACCACCCAUGGAAACAGGAGGUGUUGCUUCUGAUGAAACCACCACACAUUCAGUUGCCCAGGGGGUUGGAGUAUUUUUGCCAGUGACGGAUGCUCCAGGCCCAGGGCCCAAAGAUGGAGGCCUGGCUGCUCUAAUCGAUGACUCGUCUCAGAAGAGGCUCCUAACACCAAAGGCCACACCGCCGCCUUCACCUCUCCUCUCAGAACUGCUGAAAAAAGGCAACCUCAUUUCGCCCAGCCCCCGUCUGGUUACAGAGGGAGAUUCUACUGGAAACCUUACUAAUGGAGUACAGACAGUCACUGCAGCCACUACCUUACCACCUGCCCAUGACAUCAUCACAGAAGGAGAUGCAGAGGCUGCAGUAAAAGAACAACUCAGUGAGGAGACAGGAUUAGUGGAAGAAGACCUUGUAGCUGUAUCUUAUAUGGGAGACGAACUGGAUCUGGAGACAGUUGGCGACAUCAUUGCCAUCAUAGAAGAAAAGGUCGAUGACUCUGUGGAAGCUUUGGAUGCAGCAGCAGUAGAAGCAGCGCUAUCUUUAUGUGAAGAGGCUGUUUCAGGACACACGCUCCCGGGCCCCUGGGAGACCCAAGAGCUGAAAGCAUCAGAGCCCAUGCCCACAGUCCAAGACACGAAACCCACACAGGAUCCUCAAGAUUUGCCUGCUGUAUCAACCCCAGCUCCUACUAGCAUAGAGAGCCAGAAACAAGCGGAGCCUAAAAGAGAAGAACAGCUUACGGCAAACUGUGAAGUUCCUGAAGUGACAGGACUUGAUGUCACUUCUGAUGAGGGUGCCACAGGAAGUGAGGUUACAGAGGAGGGUGGAAUGGGAAAGGAGACCACUGAGACAACAGUGAAGAGUGAAGGAGAAGAGUGGAGCCAACCAGAGCCCAACCCCCCUUGCCUAGACUCAGAAGACAGCUCUGUUUCUGGGAAGGAGUCCAAGGAGGUGAAGGAGGAGGAGGCAGGGAGUGAGGGUGACCCUGAAGAAGGGAUGGAGCUGAAGGAGGAGUGUGGUGAGGGGGAGGGUCCCUAUCUGUCAGAGGUGGAGCGCGCUGCCAGCGAGAGUGAAGAUGGCUACGGCCCACCUUCCCAGCGUUACACAGCCGAUUCGCUGGCUAGCAGCCCGGCCUCCUCUUCCCAGCUUUCAACAUGUGGUGAGGACCAGGAGGCAGUCCAGGCACAAAAGAUCUGGAAGAAAGCCAUUAUGCUGGUGUGGAGAGCUGCAGCCAACCACAGGUAUGCCAGCGUGUUCCUGCAGCCUGUGUCAGAUGACAUCGCCCCUGGUUACCAUAGCAUUGUUCACAGACCCAUGGACCUGUCAGCCAUUAAGAAGAACAUUGAGUCUGGUGUGAUUCGGACGACUGCCGAGUUCCAGCGAGACAUCAUGUUGAUGUUUCAGAACGCCGUUAUGUACAACUCAUCGGACCACGACGUGUACCACAUGGCGCUGGAAAUGCAGCGCGACGUUUUGGAGCACGUCCAGCAAUUCCUGGCCACGCAACUCAUCAUGCAGACCUCAGAGAGCGCCAUCUCCGCCAAGAGCCUCCGCGGCAGGGAGGGAAAUCGGAAACCGGGGGAGCCAGCUGAGAAGGACAGUGUCCCAAUGGCCUCUCCUGCUUUCCUUCUCUCUCUCUUUGACGGAGGCACCAGGGGCCGUCGUAGCGCCAUGGAGGCCGACCUCAAAAUGAAGAAAUAGACUGAGAAUUUAGAAAACGAGACACCGAGAUACUCUUUGGACUAAACGACAUGGAGCUAAAAACUUACAUGGUCACUUGGUUUCUUUCUGAAGAAGUGCAGUCUCUGUGUGCCUGCUAAUUGUGAGUGGAUCCACACAUCCACGUCAUCCAUGCUUUGGUGUACAUGAGUGUGUGUCUGUCAGUGUGUUUGAGAGCUGCUUAGCUCAUCAGAUCGGUCAGCGUGCAGCUGUGGGAUUUCACUGCAGGACAGAGCAGCCAGCGCAGCACUGUCCCUCCAAGUAUCAUUGUCACCAGCGAUGCUUUGUAGGUCAUCAUUUCCUCCUGCCAAGAUGAAACCGCAGGAAGCGAGCGCUUUGGAAAGCGACAAAGACGGAUCAGGAUCAAACGAAAUGGGAUGGAUUCAGUUCUGUUUGCAACAUUUGAUUGGUUGAUUCGAGGACACAUUAGUACUAUAGUACUAUACUACUCAAUAGUGAACUGCUGAGGCGUCAUCAGUCUGAUGAUGAUGAUGAUGAUGAUGAUGAUGAUGAUGAUGAUGCACCUGGCUUUUCUUCAGCUGGUGGUUGACGUUGUGGUGUAGUAGUGGAUCAUAAUGCUGCAGUGUUGCAUGUUUUAGCCCAUUAACUGUUAACGUUUCUGCUGAUCUCGGUCUGAAGUGCGGAAUUGCUAGUUUGACUGCAUUCAGUGAAAUUUAACCUUAUGACUAGCAAAUGAAAUCAUCUAUGUUUUCACUCAUAAGGCUUCUGUUUCAUUGACUGUGUUGGUGGUGCUGGUAUGUGCACGAUGACAUUUCACUCAAGAACUCAGCCAACGGCCGCCUGAUAAUAAAAGUAUAGACUCAAUCUGAGACAUAAACAUGAUUUGCAGAAAUGCGCACGUUAAUUUGAUAAGAGGCUAAAACAUGAAGAAUGAAUUUGCAUAAGAAAUGUCUUGUGUGUUAGAUGGAAGUACAAACAUGAGUUUGUGCCUGUGAGAUGAGUCCUGUGGUUUUGUCUGAGUAGCUGAUACAUGUCUUAUGUUGUACAUUUGUUAAAUAAAGAUUUGAUCUAAACAAAUGAG